AAGCAGCUUACUGAUGAAACAAUAACAAAUGUUUUGCUGCUGGAGCUCUAAUAAAGUUUUUUUUGCUGUUACAAUCGGUUUACUGCUGGAACCACAACAGAUACUUUUUGUUGUUACUAGUGGUUACUGCUGAACUUUACUAGACUUUUACGCUGUCACCAACAACUUACUGCUGCAACGAUAACAUAAAAUCUUUUGCUGUUAUUCAGAUUGAGAUAAAAACUUCACCAUAUCACUCUCGUUUUUAUCGGCAUGCCAUUUAAGACGUUCAACGAUCCGAUCUAUGGGCCAAUAGGCUUGGAUUUAAAAUUGGUAAAACUCAUAGAUACUGUUCAGUUCCAACGUCUGCACUAUUUGAGACAACUCGGAGUUGCUUACAGUGUUUACCCAGGAGCCUCACACACGAGAUUCGAGCAUUCGAUCGGGACUUGUCAUCUUGCUGGCGAAUUGUUAGAGAGCCUGCUGAAAGUUGCGAAAGAGAAUGAACAAGUUAAACGAACGGAAACUGACGAAACUAUUGCGAUUGAAAACGAAAGUAUAACGGAUGAGCGGGAACGUUUGAUCAAGGUCGAAAGUCCUAUUGGGAUUGAAGUACAGAGUAACGAGCGGGAAUCUCCGAUCGAAAAUCAUGAUCCAGAUUCUACUGAUGCCUGCAGCAUUGUAGACAUUUUAUCAAAUGACAAAGACUUACUUUGUGUUAAAAUGGCUGCUUUGCUGCAUGACUUAGGCCAUGGGCCGUUUUCUCAUUUUUGGGAAAUUCUUAUUAAGGCGCACAUAGAAAUACUCAACGAAAACAGCACCAAACCCGAAAUACUCAACGAAAACAGCACCAAACACGAAAUAAAAGAAUUUGUUCAUGAAGAAAUGACACCCGAAAUACUCAACGAAAACAGCACCAAACACGAAAUAAAAGAAUUUGUUCAUGAAGAAAUGACAAUAAAAUUUAUCGAAAUGAUGUUGAAAGAGGGUUCUACCAUUCGAAAAGAGCUAGACCUGAACGAAGAUGAUUUGGAAUUUAUUAAAGAGUUAAUUGAUUCAGAAGAAAAAACACGGAUCUCAGAACGAAGUAAAGAUGAUAAGAAAAAUUUUUUCUACGAAAUCGUAUCGAACAAGAAAACCGGAAUAGACGUUGAUAAGUGGGAUUACAUAUGUCGCGACAGUCACCAUGUGGGAAUCAACACCAGUUUCGAGUCCAAAAGACUCCUGAAGCUCUGCAAGGUUGUUACUGACAGUGAUAAUAAAACUCACAUAGCUUGGCCGCAACGUGAAUUCGACAACGUAUUACAGAUGUUCGAACAACGGAAAAGAUUACACAAAAAGGUGUACCAGCAUAGGGUCAUUAAACCAAUAGAAAGACUGUACAUAGAACUCUUCAGAACUGCCAAUGAAUUUCUAAAAGUUCCUUCAAGUGUGUAUCCAGAUGUUUCACUGCCAAUUUUAGAAGCCCACAAGGAUCCGUAUACCUUCGUGAAUAUGACAGACGGUUUACUUCAGGCUAUCAACUUGUUCAAUCAUUCUAAAGCUGAGGACUGCAAAAGAAUUUUGCUUCAAAUUCAGCUGCGAGACAUUGGAAAAAUAGUCUGUGAAGCGAAUGUGGACGAGUUAAGCAGCUAUAAUAAAUCAUAUCUACAAGACCUGAAAAAGAAAUUCAAUUCGUACUUGGAGCUCAAGUCAAUGAAUUUACAGGGCGAUCAAAUUCUGAGAAAAGACGAACUAGAUAUCCAGUUUUACAGGACUGUUCUGGAUUUUGGCAUGAAAGGACAGGAUAACCCGAUGAACUAUGUGUGGCUAUAUUCCAAAGAUCAAAAUAGCCAGACUGAAAUGGCCAAAAAUCUGGAUUGGGACUGGGAUAAAAUGACUCCGAAAAAAAUCAACGAAAACAGUGUAUUUCUAUCCGCAAACUGCGCAACGGUUGAGCAAAAAAAAACGAGUGGAAGAAUUGUUUGUGGAUUUUUGUUCUGAAGAGAAAGGUAUAACACCGGUGUCAUUCUACGCUGUUGCGCGACAGCGUUCAAAGCAAGAGGCAAGCACAAGAAAAACUUGAUAUAACCUAAAGCCAUACAGAUUAUUUCUUUAUCCAACCAAUUAUUACAUUAAAAUUUAGUCAUCUCGUCCUCUCGUGAUCUAAUUGACAUACUCGUAUAUAGAGUCAAAUAACCAAAAUUGUACAGAGCAAAUCUAACUUAGAUGGCAAUUUAUGUCAUGGCCGAACUGUUAAAGAAUUUUAAUGCUAUGUUAAUGAUGAACACAAAAUUUUGUAAAUAGUCAUUUAAAAACACUGACAUAUCAUUUGAUAUUAAUUCAAUCCUGAAACAGU